AUGAUAGGUGAUUAUACAAACAAUCAAAUAUUUAGUCAUUUCGAUAGUUUUCACUAUGAAAACUCAUACGAAGAGAAACGAGAAGAAGAAGAGAAACGAUUACAAGAGUUGGCAGAUCUACAAAAUGCACAGUCUGGAAAGAGAAAGCAAAGACUGGUCAAGUUUCUAUCACACAGCAGACAUGUCCUGAAGAAAACACUGAGUAUCACCAACUUUAUACACACUGGAAAGAAGGAAACGUUCAUCUCUAGAAUGCCAAUGGAGCUACUGGUACAUAUCGUCGGAUUCCUGGAGUACUCGGACAUUUGGAAUGUCAUGUUGGUGUGUAAGGAGUGGCGUGCCAUCGCACAGGAUGAAUUCCUCUGGAAGAUUAUCUAUCAGAACUACUUUGUCUACUAUCCAAAUCGCGAGGCUUUUGCACACCAAAGAAAGACCCAGAAAGAUCUGCACUGGCGUGACAUCUUUAGAUACGACUAUAUCAAGGAGACCAAGUGGAGUUCCGAUGUAUACAAGGAGUCCUACCUACAUGGACACACCGGCACCGUCUGGACAAUGUUGUACGACGACGAAAAUGGAUUGAUUUACACUGGAUCAUUCGACAAGACCACCAAGGUAUGGGAUCUCAAGAAGAGAAAAUGUCUGUACACACUCUAUGGCCACUCCUAUCCUGUUCAAUGCUUGGAUGUCGACAAUGGUUUCAUGGUUACUGGUUCUCUGGAUAACAGUCUGAGGCUAUGGGAUCUUGGCAAGCGUCAAUGUCACAGUAUAGUAUCGACCAAAGCACACAAUUUCGAUGUAUUCUGUCUACAAAUGUCUGGUGGACUGAUUGCCUCUGGCUCUUCCGACUCGACUGUCAAGCUCUGGCGUGUAGACGAUUUGAUCAAUUCCGAAGAAUCACUCAAUGACCGAAUGGAUAGAGGCGAACCCCAAGUAAAUAUGCAACCACUCCAAACAUUCAAGCACAACUCAUGCGUUACUUGCCUACAGAUGACCGGAGACAGAUUGAUGUCUGGUGGAUCCGACAAAGUAGUGCGUGUCUGGGAUCUCAAUGCACAAAAGGAAUCGAAUGUGUUGGUCGGUCACGAUGAAGGUAUCAGAUGUCUGCAAUUCAACGAGAACAUACUUGUCACUGGUUCGAAUGACACUACUGUCAAACUGUGGGAUCUAAGAAUCAAGCACGGUGCAUACAGCUCACUCCGUACUCAAGGCUCAAUUAGAUGUCUGCAAUGGGAGGGUACUUCACUGAUCACAGGAUCCAAUGAUCAAGUAGUCCGUUGGUGGAACUUGAAUACCGGUGCAUCUGUAGAACUAUUCCAAUCCGAGUCAUCAGUAUCCUGCUUGAAAUUCAAAGACAAUAUGUUGAUGUGCGGAUUAAGUGAUUCUAAAAUCCAAAUAUUAAAAUUCGUCUAA